AUGGCUGUACUUGGAGGAGUACAUGAUCGGACUGCUUCAACAUUGCUGAGUUCUCGCACUACCUCAUCAUGUACUUCACCAGCUACCAGCGAAGGGGACUUAGAUGAUUUAGCAGCACUUGUAUCUCAGCAACGACUUCGCGACAAUGACGGUUUAACCCGUGAGGAGCGAGCAUUUUUCGAUAGGGGAACUGCGUCGAAGGAUGAGUCAUCACCGGCACGUGCUGAAUCACGACUAGAUGACUCGGAGCAAACGAUGAGUACAACAAGCACGUGGCAUGAUGAGAUCGACUCGCUUGAAUAUAUUGGUAUGAUUUUCUUAAUACCAUAGUA